AUGGACGAAACAGCCUCCUACGAAGACACCCAAACCACCGCGGGCAGCUUCCGCCGCUUCAUCCAGGAGCUGCACGCUGAAAGUGACCUCGUCGCCAUCGACGAGGAAGCACCCUUGUUCGACAACGUCAAGGGCCGCCAUCCGAACGGGCUCUUCCGCGUCCUGGGCGCCCCCGUCGGCGCCAGCCAGCAGCCGGGCAAGCGCUUCAUCCGCAUCGCCAAAUCGCUGGGAUUGCCCUCCACUGCCAGCGGGCAGGAUAUUAUCAACAAGUUUAGGGAGGCUAAAAGCUGCCAGAUUCCGCCCACGGAGGCCCCUACGGACCCGGGGAAAGAGUUCAAGCUGCUAGGCGACGAGAUCGACCUGACGGCCCUCCCCGUCCCCAAGCUGCAUGCUGAUGACGGCGGCAAGUUCUUGCAGACAUUUGGAAUGUAUAUUGUGCAGAGCCCCGAUAAUACGUGGGUCAACUGGUCGAUCACACGAAGCAUACUGCACGGGGAACGCUCGCUGGUCGGCCCGAUGAUCCCACGCAAGAAUAUUGGGCUGAUUCGCCAGAUUGGUAUGCCGCUGCCUAAGGGGGUCAAUGAGAGCGCGUACAUUGGAGCAUUGAUUGGCAGCCCCAUCGAGGUCACAAAAGCCGAGAUGAACGGCAUCCUCGUCCCGGCCAACGCGGAGAUCAUCUUCGAGGGAAUCAUGGCCAUCACUUACCGCAAGGUCCCCAUCCUCCCCAUCUGCGUGACAGGGCGUGCUCCUGAAGAAAGCGAGACAGUCUGGGGACUCACGCAGGCAGCGGAGGUUCUGACUAUCUCCGAGGACGCGGGCCUGCCCAUCAAGAUGGUCUGGAAUCCGUUCGAAUCCCACUGCCACUGGUUCGUGCUGCAGGUCGACCGCGAGAAGCUGCGCGAGCUCAAUACGGCGAUGGAAGAGUUCAGCAUGAAAGUGUUUCACACGGUGUUUGCCUCCAAGCCGGGAUAUAACAUCCCCAUCAUCUACCUCUUGGGCGACGAUAUCGACCCCACCAACCUGCGCGACGUGAUCUAGGUCAAUGCCACUCGCUGCCAGUCCCGUGAGAACGAGUACUUCUUUGGCCAGUAUCCUAACAUCGGCUUGAUUCCGUACAUCUUGCAUGGGGCUAAGAGCGGCGAGAAUCAUCUCAAAGUCGUGCGUUGCUGCAUGUUCGCCAGCGAGUUUUCCGAAGUGCCCACGUACAAGCAAGCUCGUAUCGUCGAAAUUACCCCGCGGAGAUUCAAGAGAAG